UAAUCUAAUUGGAUGAUAAAGUGAGUGCGUUACGAUUGAGCCCGGAGCCAAAACGCUUGCGCGGCCUUCUUCCUCUGUUUGGACUCUGUUCCCGUCACAGCCCCCAUCGCGUUUCCAUCUCAAAUCCCAUUUGCUAUUGUACCUGCCCAAUGGCAGAGACCGAGCGCGCUUUAAGUCAGAUGGCAUUUCCAUUCUCCGUCAUUACAAUACAGCGCGUGUUUGACGCACUGAUCCCUGCGCGUUUUCACUCCAAAUCAUCCUCUAGAGAGGCCGGGGCGCGACUUCUUUUUUUUUAUUUUUAAACCUCCACUUUUAUUAUUUUUCUUUUGUUUAAAAAAAAUAUUGAAAAACUUCUUUUUUAGCUCUUUUCGACCCCUAAACGUUUUUUUUAAUGGUCAUUCCUAUCGGACAAUAAGCGGUAAUGGCAGAAUCUGACACACAGGAGACUCGCCAAACCGCAAAGGAUUCACCGUUCUCCAUAAAGAACCUGCUCAACAUCGAAGACAAGCCCCCGAAGCCGACGCCCCCGCUCGGGUCUUCCAAAGGAGUGUUUGAGGGCAGCUUUUUCUCCAGGCUCAGCGAGCUGUCUCUGCCUCGGUUUGAGCUGCCCGGCCAGAGGAUCGGACUGUCAGCGCAGUAUCUGGAGAGAGCGUCUGCCUGGUGGUACCCAUACACGCUGGGAGCGCAUUUUAGAACUGCUUCGGGUUCGGAAAAGGUCAACCAGAGGGAAGAAGACAGGCGCACCCCGGAUCUCCAAAAAAACGAGCAGGAUGCCAAAGAGGAGAGCGCCGACGACGACCUGGCUCUGGACGAGAGCGACGUCGACGAGUCCAAGAAGGAAACAGAUCAGGAGGAGGACUGGAGGAGAAAGCAGGACGAGCUGGACCCGGACAAGAAGCCCUGCCGGAAGAAAAAGACGCGCACGGUGUUCUCCCGGAGCCAGGUCUUCCAGCUGGAGUCCACCUUCGACAUCAAGCGCUACCUGAGCAGCUCGGAGCGCGCCGGCCUGGCCGCGUCGCUGCACCUCACCGAAACGCAGGUGAAGAUCUGGUUCCAGAACCGGAGGAACAAGUGGAAGAGGCAGCUGGCCGCCGAGCUGGAAGCGGCCAACAUGAGCCACGCGGCGGCGCAGAGGAUCGUGCGGGUGCCGAUACUUUACCACGAGAGCGGGGCCUCGGACGCAAACGGCAGCCCCGGGACGAACUCACCGGGCGGCCAGUCACUGCUGGCCUUCCCCCAUCACAUGUACUACUCCCACCCGACGCCGCUGCUCAGGCCGGUUUAACGAUGAUUGCGUUUUUAAAUGAGAGCAGGUCAAAAGAAAAAAAGGGAUUUUGUACAUUUUGUAUAUUAUUAUUAUUAUUAUUAUUAUUAUUAUUAUUAUUAUUA